CCAGCCAGCAUGGUAGAUAUCAACGAAUUCUUCUGACUAUUGUAAUGACAGAUUCCAAUCUACACCUGAAAAGUGCAGCCAAGCCGUGUGUGUGUGUGAAUUACAUGUUUUAUCAACAAGGUGAAGGGUGUUUGAAUGAUUAAUUACAUGGAAGACAAGGUGUGUUUUUCUGACCAUGUCUGAGAUUGGGGAGCAGGCUGGAGACGGCCUAGCCCGUCCCUAUACCGUGGGGACGUUUCAGACCCGCCUAGAUAAGUUUGAGAGUUUUAUAAAGGACAUAACAUACCAAGAUGUCGAGGCUACUCCAGAAGAAAGGAGGCAAUGGAUUACAGAGAGUUUACGGUUUGACCAAUUUUGUGAUUCCAUAAGGAAUCUUUUUGGAUCGGACAUAAAGAAUGCGGAUUUAAAAGCAAUAUACAGAAAAAUAUCCACCAACCCGGAUGCAAAAGUGGACUGGAGCGAGUUAUUCGGGUAUUUCCAAUCAGCCACUGAGGAACACGAGGAGGUAGCUGUUGGGGAGGAAGUCAGCAUCUUCACCGUCUCUAAGCGACGACGUGUGGGAGAGGCGGCAGGUGAUAAAACUCGUCGUGACACCGUGCAGUGUUUGCGCUAUGUCCCUUCAUUGGACGGAUACGUUUCAGCAUCACAGAAAGGAGCCAUUGUCAUUUGGAAUAGCUCUUUACGAAUGCAGGCAUGCAUUGAUAUUAACGAGGCUGCCUGGGUUACAGGGUGUGACUAUCUGCCGAAUAUACGCAGAGCAGUGUGUUGUACAGAGAGAAGUAUAGUGGUUUGGGAUCAUAGAGCCAAGGGAAAAAAUCAACAUGUGUUCUCAAUCAAGCCUUUUGAGAACUCCCCUCAGUGUAUCUGCCAGGUCCCCACUUCCUCCCAUCUCCAUGAGGAUAUGGUGCUGUUUGGAGAUGAUCAAGGUUAUAUCAAUGUUCUGCGGAUACUUAGCAAAGACUUGACAACAAAGAACUCAAAAGAUGCAGAAAAAAUUCAGAAUACUCAACCAAUUCCUAACUACCCAAUUGAGCUUGAUAAAUUGUCAUAUAAAAUAGAGAAGAGGAAAAUCCACCAUGAUUGGGUGCUAAAGGUGAAGUAUUUUCCUGAACUGAGGUGUUUUGCCUCCUGUUCACCUCACAGCAAGCAGUCAUUUGUGCUAGAGGAAAUAGAUCGCCUAUAUGAUGAUGGAGAGGUACGGGGUGUGUCCAUAUAUAAAGGGGUGAAUUGUUUUGAUUACUGUGCCAAAGCCAACAUAAUUGCCACCGGGGGCGUGGACAAGGUCAUCAGGGUGUGGCACCCUCACAUCUUUUCUCGGCCCACAGGAAAACUGAUGGGCCACUUGUUUACAAUUGUUGACAUUUGUUGUAAUGAGAAAGACCAACACCUGAUCAGUUUGUCAACAGCCCGUGUGUUCAGAGUAUGGGACAUCCAUACCUUGACCUGCUUGCAGGUUUUCACAGACAAUGAAGAGAGACCUGGUGAAAAGAGAAUCUAUUCUAUGAUAUUUGACACAAAACAUGACAGACUCUUAACAGGAUCUAGUGUGAUAGAUUCAUGGCCUUUGACUAGAGCAGUCCAAGACACAAUGCAAGUUCCCCACACACAUGACCGCCCCAUUAGUCAGGUCAUACUGAAUAAAGAACUCAACCAGGUCAUCACAAUGUGUACAGAAUCUCAUAUCAAGAUCUGGGAGCUAGAGACAGGAAAAAGAGUAGGAACGAUCAACAAUGCCCAUGAUGACAAUGUGGAAGUGACAGCCAUCUGUCUGGACAAGUCUGGCUACAGGAUGGCUACCGGCGGGUUUGAUGGAUCUAUCAAGGUGUGGGAUUUUGGGUCGGGUCAGGUGAUUAAGAAGAAAUCAGGUCGACAUUCGGAUGAGGAUCUUAGCAUCGUGGGAAUGGCCUAUACAUACUUUCAGGGGGACCGUGUUUUACUGGCUGUGGGAUGGAACAAUAAAAUUAGGAUGCUUUUGGAUACUAAUGAGAAUUAUGACUUGCCGGUGGUCAGGGAGUUUUUGGAUGUAUAUUACUACACAGCAGAGUCCGGCAUCACUCCCAGGGAUGACCUGUUCCCUCCCACUGACCCUUUACCAGAUAUAGGUCAAACUACACAGGAAUCAUUAGGGUCAAGGAAAUCCUCACAUGUAGGAUCCAUGUUUAAAAAGGACUACAUUUUGAGUUCCCAUGAUAUCUCCUGCUUUAUGAUGUACACAGACAGCACUCUGAUCACAGGUUGUACCAACGGUACGAUUGUGUUCUGGGACAUACAGAAGGGAGAAGUGGAUAAAGUAUUCCAUUUCCCUAAAGAUGAUGAAGAAGAUGAAUCAUCUACCAACAAGUCCCGCUCUAGGAUGGGUAACGAACGCAGAGUCAACAUGAUUAAAAUCAUGGUACAUCGUGAAAGGAAGCUCGACCCAGCUUAUGUCAAGAAGAAGGAGGAGGAAGAGAAAGAGCUGGAGAAAGAAGAGGAUCAAGUAGUGUUAUCUCAAAAAACGAGUCGCCGAGUAUCUCGAGCCAAUUCUAGAGCCUCAAGGCUCUCCACAGCUCCAGCUCCUGUACAGGUUGACACUCAGAAACAAAAGGCUCUGUUAGAUGAAAUCACAGCCAAAGUGGAAGGUGUGGAACUAGAGAAAACAGAGGAUUUAACAAGUGAAAAACUAGAAGAGGAAAUAAAGAAUGAUGAUGGUGAGGAGAAAAAAGAUGAGGACAAAUCUGAGGAUGGACUGACAAAGGGCGAGUCUGAUGAGGAGGAUACAGAGGAUGAGGAGAAUAAGUACAUUACAGAGGUCUACGCUCCUAUCCUUGUGUCAGUACAUCAGGACUCCUACAUUAGAUUCUGGACAAUGGAAGGGCAGUUACUGAGAGAGGUAUCAGCAGUUACUCGUAGAACAGGAACCCCAGUCACCAGUAUCGCACAUGAUGAGAAUUGUAACUGUAUGAUUACAGGGGAUAUCAAGGGAUAUCUUACAUUAUGGAGCAUUAAUAAACUGUUGAAGAACCCUGAGUCUGCUGAGCAGAAUGCAGUAAAACAGCUGAUUUGUUGGCGAGCUCACCUGGUCAAGAUUGUGUCCCUCAUGUACAUAGACAAACUCAAGGCAAUAUUUUCUGGCUCUACAGAUGGUUCAGUAAGGGUUUGGUGGGGUCACAAAGGUCGUUUUAUAGGCUUUUUCAGUCAGCAUAGACCUUUUGUGUUUCCAAGGAAUGAAGAGUCAGCAGGGCCUGCAACUCUUCCUUAUGAUAUUACAGAGGCUCCUCUUGCCCCAGUCAAAGUAAAAAGUGCCAAACAAAAAAUAAGAACCAAGGACAAUAUAAAGUUUCCACUUGUAGUUGACUAUGAAAGGUGGCAGCCUUUUAGACGUUCAGCAUACAAUCGCGAAAAACAGACAACAGGUCGGAAGAAUUUUAAACGCAUUCCUCAGCCUGAAGAUAGGAAAUUCUUUGGAGCUCUUAUUAAGCCCAAAGCCUACAAUCAUCAUCUGGAGAGUUUUAACACUGCAGACAAAAAUCAAGGAGCAGUGUUCCGGGCUUUACCAGUAUACCGGAUAAAAACUCCCAAGAAAGUGACGAUUCCUGAACCGAGCUAUAAAAUUCCCACGGAGGAUGAAUCACAAAGUUACCUGUUUGGAAAUACUAGCAAGGCCCCUGCCGCCAAAAUGCAGAGACGACAGACGACUAUCGUCAAGCCGCCAGGUGGCAGUGUGCUGGGAUCCUCUACUAGUCGUUCUGUCGUGUCUUCAAACCUCGUGACCCCAUCACCAAGGAGACAAAGUCGCUUAUCAUAAACAAUGAAAAACUAUUAUUAUUGGACCGAUUUAAUAAAUUGGUUUGUUUUUACUUUAAUACAAAACAAGCAAAUCUGUGAUCACCCGUUUGAAGUGCCUAUGUUGUUUAACAAGACUUAUUUUUAACUUGAAUGUACUUUAUAUUUAAGAUAAUUUAUUGUUCAGAACUUUUUAUACACAAAAAUAAAAUUAUGUUUGUUUAA